AUGGCUUCCAUCCGCGUACUGUCGUUCGAUGCUGAGGGCCGCCCUGUGCGGUUCACCGCUUGGCUAGAUGACCUGCAGCUGUUCCUCCUGAGCGAUAGCAAGGAGCAUGUGUCGCUCUAUGAUUACGCGUCUGGUGCUGCGCCUGCCCCUCCUGCCACAGCUGAGCUUAGUGUUCGUUCCCACUGGCAGACUCGUGACGCAGCUGCUCGCCUAGCCAUUCGCAGUCACCUGCCGUUAGCUGAGCUAGAGCAUUUUGGCGACUGCAAAUCCGCUAAGGCCCUGUACGACGCUGUCGUCGCUCGCUACUCCUCGCCUGCCACAGCCGAGCUUAGCCGCCUCAUGCUGCCGUACCUGUUCCCCGAUCUGUCCACCUUUACUACAGUCGCCGAUCUUAUCACCCACCUUCGCACUAGUGAUGCUCGCCUGCGUGCCGCUCUUCCCACCGAGUUCUGCGCUAAGAACCCCCCUCCACUGUACUGGACACUCCACUUCAUAGUCACCCGUCUCCCUGACACCCUCCGCUCAGUUCGAGACCACUUCCUUGCUCGCUGUCCCACUGAGCUCACAGGGUGUUCUCCCUCUCCCCUCGCUCCCUCCUACGCUGCUGCUGCUGCUGCUGUUGACUUCCUUGGUGCUGAGUCUGUUGGCGCUGCUUCUACUCCUGGUGGGAGGCGCCGCACCGGCAAGGGCAAGGGGGGCAAAAGUGGUGGUGGUGGCGCUGGGGGGGGAGGAGGUGGGGGAGGUGGGGGGGGAGGCGGUGCUGGAGGGAGCGGUGGCGGGAGCGCUGGUGGGAGUGGGGUCGGUGGUGGAGACGGGGGCGGCGGAGGAAGCAGUGGCAGUAGUGGCGGCGGCGGCGGUGGCGGCGGUGGCGGCGGUGGCGGUGGUGGCGGUGGUGGCGGUGGCGGUCGGAGCGGUGGUAGUGGUGGCGGCGGAGGUCGGAGUGGAGGCACUGGCUCAGGCCAGAGCUCCCAGCAGCAGCAGCGUCCCCAGACGACCCAGCAGCUUCGUGAGUGGCUUGCUCAGCGUGGGACGUCGGGGGCCAGUGCCCGCUGUUCUUAUGUCAUUCGCACAGGUGACCGCAAGGGACAGACGUGUGGGAGGUUCCACACCCCGUACCGCUGCUUCUCCCGCCUUGACGACGCUUGGCGUGAGGAGAUGGGUGCGGAUGUUGAGCGCCCCCGCUGGGCUGAGCUCAUGAGGGCUGGUGUUGAUGUCUUUGCUCUUGACUAUGAUGCUAUUAUUGCUGCCAUGUAUGCAUUGACUGUUAGUGCCGAGGGAGACUGUUACUUGUGUGUGCCGCCUGACCCAGGUAUAGAGCCUGCUGCCCUGGGUACUAGUGAGUCUGCUCUCUCUGGUAUGGUGCCCCCUGUACCUGCUCCCCCCAGUGCUGUCCCGGCUGGUUUCGAGUCUGCUCUCUCAGGUACAGCACCCACACAGACUCCUCUCUCAGGUACCGCACCGGCUGAGGCCUGUCACACCUUCACCCUUGACUCAGGUGCUUCCCGUUGCUUCUUUCGUGACAGUACUGAGCUCACACCGCUUCCUGCACCGGUCCCAGUCUCCUUGGCUGACCCCUCUGGGGGCCCAGUCCUUGCCCAGUCCACCACUGUCCUCCCUUGUCCGGCGGUUCCGUCUGGCUCGUUGUCGGGUUUCCACCUCCCCUCGUUCUCGACGAACCUGGUGAGCAACGCUGUCCUCCAGGAUCAGUGGGUUGACACCUUUACCCCUGGCGGACAGCGUGUGGCGAUCUGCACGUGCUCCAGGACCGGCCGUCACCUGGCUACGUUCACCCGUCGGCCGGGGUCGAGUCUCUACACACUGACCACUGCGUCUCCCCAGGUAGCUGCUGUCGGUCAGGUGUCUGCGUCAGGUCUGGUGGCCCACGCCUGUGAGUGUCGCUCCCUGUCGCACCAGACUCUUCUCUGGCACCACCGCCUGGGUCACCCCUCCUUGCCACGCCUUCGUGGCAUGCACCGUCGCCUCCUUGUGUCCGGUCUUCCCAGGUCCCUCCCUCCCCUCCCUGCCUCGCCUGCGCCGCCUUGCCUUCCUUGCGUCGAGGGGCGGCAGCGCGCCGCUCCUCACUCCUCCUCGUUCCCCCCGACAGAGGCUCCUCUGGAGACCCUCCACCUGGACGUGUGGGGCCCAGCCCGCGUUCGUGGUCAGGGCGGUGAGCGGUACUUUUUGCUGGUUGUCGACGACUACUCGCGUUACACCACGGUCUUCCCCUUGCGCACCAAGGGUGAGGUCCCUGCUGUUCUGAUCCCUUGGAUCCGCACGGUUCGUCUCCAGCUCCGCCGCCGUUUCCGGACGGAUCUUCCUGUCCUGCGUCUGCACUCUGACAGAGGUGGUGAGUUUUCCUCCGAUCUCUUGAGGACCUUCUGUCAGGCGGAGGGCAUCGAGCAGACCUUCACGCUUCCGGACUCCCCACAGCAGAAUGGGGUUGCUGAGCGUCGCAUUGGCCUGGUCAUGGAGGUCGCUCAUACCUCCUUGGUCCACGCGGCGGCUCCCCAUUUUCUGUGGCCGUUUGCUGUCCGGUACGCCGCGCAUCAGCUCAACCUCUGGCCCCGUGUCUCCUUGCCGGAGACCUCGCCCACACUGCGUUGGACGGGGGAGGUUGGCGAUGCGUCGCGCUUCCGGGUGUGGGGUGCUCGUGCCCUUGUCCGCGAUACGUCUGCGGACAAGCUCUCCUCCCGCACGCUUCCCUGUGUCUUCCUUGGCUUUGUCCCUGACGCGCCUGGCUGGCAGUUUUACCACCCCACCUCGCGCCGGGUCUUCGCCUCUCAGGAUGUCACCUUUGACGAGUCGGUGUCUCUCAGGUAG